UAGCGUGUGUGAAGCGCUUUCUCCUCCGUGCUGCUCGAGAAUCUUUUCCUGUCUCCCUGAGGCCCUCGGAGGGUCUGUGGCCGUCGGCAGCCAUGAAGACCAAGCCGCUUUCCCACAAGACGGAGAACACCUACCGGUUUCUUACGUUUGCCGAAAGACUGGGGAAUGUGAACAUUGACAUCAUUCACCGGAUUGAUAGAACCGCAAGCUAUGAUGAGGAGGUUGAAACCUACUUCUUCGAGGCGCUGCUGAAGUGGAGAGAGCUGAACCUCACAGAGCACUUCGGGAAGUUUUACAAAGAAGUCAUUGACAAAUGCCAGUCUUUUAACCAGCUGGUCUAUCAUCAGCACGAAAUAGUGCAGAGCCUGAAGACUCACCUGCAGAUCAGGAACAGUUUUGCCUACCAACCUCUCUUGGAUUUAGUAGUACAGUUGGCACGAGAUCUGCAGACUGACUUCUAUCCACACUUCGAAGACUUCUUCAUGACCAUCACCUCCAUCCUGGAGACGCAGGACACGGAACUGCUAGAAUGGGCUUUCACCUCGCUGUCGUACCUGUACAAGUACCUGUGGAGGCUGAUGGUGAAGGACAUGCCCAAGAUAUACAGCUUGUACAGUGCCCUCUUGGCCCACAAAAAACUACACAUAAGAAAUUUUGCUGCCGAAAGUUUUACUUUUUUGAUGAGAAAGGUCCCUGAUAAAAAUGCUCUUUUCAAUUUAAUGUUUCUCGAUCUCAGUGAGCAUCCAGAAAAAGUGGAAGGAGUUGGACAGUUGCUCUUUGAAAUGUGCAAAGGAGUCAGAAAUAUGUUUCAUUCCUGUUCAGGCCAGGCGCUGAAGCUCAUUUUGCAAAAGCUAGGACCAGUUACCGAAACAGAAGCUCAGCUACCAUGGAUUUUAGUUGGGGAAACCCUGAGAAACAUGGCCAGAUCCACUGUAGGCUAUAUCUAUAAGGAACACUUUGGUGUGUUUUUUGACUGUUUGCAGGAAUCCCUCCUGGAGCUGCACAACAAAAUGACGGAAAUAAACUGCUGUGAGAACUCUGAACAGAUCAGUCGGCUGCUGGAAACCUUCCUGAUCCUUGUGAAACAUGGAAGUGGCUCAAAAAUAACACGGCCUGCUGACGUUUGCAGGGUGCUGUGUGAAGCAUUACAGACAGCCAAUCUUGCCACUUCUUGCCGGAAGACUCUCUUGGACGUAGUUUCUGCUUUGCUCCUAGCUGAAAGUGUUUCCUUGCCAGAGACCCUCAUCAAAGACACCAUAGAAAAAAUAUUUGAAAGCAAAUUCGAGAGACGUUUGAUUUUGGAUUUUUCCGAAGUCAUGUUUGCUAUGAAGCAGUUUGAACAGCUGUUUCUACCAAGCUUUCUCUGCUACAUUGAGACUUGUUUUUUGAUGGACGACUCUGUGGUCUCCGACGAAGCACUGGCCAUUUUAGCCAAGCUUAUUCUGAAUAAAGCUGCUCCUCCCACUGCUGGCUCCAUGGCCAUUGAGAAAUACCCUCUGGAUUUCUCACAGCAGGCUGUGGGGUCCUACUUAAAGCAGAGGAAGACUAACUCCAAGAGAAGGGAACAGUCUCCAGUGCUAGACCAUCUCUUGUCCAUAGUUCAGUUACCCCCAAGUAACGACGCCAGAUACCUUUCACAGUCUUGGGCAGCCCUGGUGGUAUUACCUCAUAUCAGGCCUCUUGAGAAGGAGAAAGUGCUGGCUCUCCUGUCGUGCUUCAUAGAGUCGCUCUUCGUGGCUGUUGACAAGGGGAGCUUUGGGAAAGGAUGCUUAUUUGUUCUUUGUCAAGCUGUAAACACUCUGCUGAGUUUGGAGGACUCUUCUGAACUUCUGCACCUGGUUCCUGUGGAGCACGUGAAGAAUUUAGUGUUAACAUUUCCGACGGAGCCAUCUGUGUUGCUGUUGGCUGAUCUCUAUUAUCAGAGGCUAGCGUUAUGUGGAUGCAAAGGGCCACUUUCUGAGGAGGCCUUAAUGGAAUUAUUUCCCAAGUUACAAACAAACAUUUCAACUGGUGUCUCCAAGAUCCGGCUCUUGACAAUUAGGAUCCUAAAUCAUUUUGACAUCCGACUUCCAGCUUCAGUGGAGGACGAUGGGCUCUCGGAGCCGCAGUCAGCCUUCGUCAUCCUGCGCCAGGCAGAGCUGGUGCCAGCAACUGUGAGCGACUACAGAGAGAAGCUGCUCCACUUGAGAAAGCUGCGGCACGACGUGGUGCAGGAUGCAGUCCCUCCGGGACCACUGCAGGAGGUACCACUCCGUUAUCUGUUCGCCAUGCUCUAUGUCAACUUCAGUGCCCUCUGGGACCCUGUGAUUGAGCUCAUAAGUUCUCAUGCCCAUGGAAUGGAAAACAAACAGUUCUGGAGUGUCUGCUAUGAACAUCUUGAAAAGGCAGCCUCGCAUGCUGAGAAAGAACUGCAGAAGGAUGUGGGAGACGAGGAGCAGUCCACUGGAGAUGGAGGGGAGCCAACCCAAGAAGGGGAUGUUGGCUCUCUCUACCAGCAACAGUUAACACUGAGAACCAGCUGUCGGGAGCGACUAGAUCAUACCAACUUUCGAUUCUUGCUCUGGCGAGCUCUGGCCAAAUUUCCAGAGAGAGUAGAGCCAAGGUCCAGGGAACUCUCCCCACUGUUCUUGAGGUUUAUCACCAAUGAGUAUUAUCCAGCAGAUCUGCAGGUUGCUCCAACCCAGGAUCUACGCAGGAAAAGUAGAGGAGCAGUAGCUGAGGAAGUGGAAGAGGAACCCGCUGUGGGAGAAGAGGAAGAAGUGGAGGAAGAGGCAGUGCCGACCGAUGAAGCACCCCAGAGGAGAAAGACAAGACGGGCAGCAGCAAAGCAGUUAAUUGCUCAUCUGCAAGUCUUCUCUAAGUUUUCAAACCCACGGGCCUUAUAUCUAGAGUCCAAAUUAUAUGAAUUGUAUCUUCAGUUAUUGCUACACCAAGAUCAAACUGUGCAAAAAAUAACCUUGGAUUGCAUAAUGACCUACAAACAUCCUCAUAUCCUCCCUUACAGGGAAAACCUGCAGAGGCUGCUAGACGACCGCAGCUUUAAGGAGGAGAUCGUGCAUUUCAGCCUUUCCGAAGAGAGCGCCGUGGUCAAAGCCGCCCACCGGGUGGACUUGUGUCCAGUCCUCAUGAGAAUUUUAUAUGGGCGGAUGAAGAAUAAGACCGGGAGUAAAACCCAGGGGAAGUCUGCCUCGGGCACCCGCAUGGCCAUUGUUCUGCGCUUCCUCGCUGGAACCCAACCUGAAGAGAUCCAGUUCUUCUUAGAUCUGCUGUCUGAACCUGUGAAGCAUUUCAAGAAUGGGGAGUGCUGCUCUGCAGUUCUUCGGGCGGUGGAGGAUCUGGAUCUGUCUAAGGUCCUUCCCGUGGGCCGUCAGCAUGGCAUCUUAAACAGCCUGGAGGUGGUUCUGAAGAACGUCAGCCACCUGAUCAGCGCGUACCUGCCAAAGAUCCUGCAGAUCCUGCUGUGUAUGACGGCCGCCAUCUCGCACAUCCUCGACCAGCGGGAGAAGAUACAACUAAGGUUUAUUAACCCACUGAAAAACUUAAGACGUCUGGGAAUCAAGAUGAUCAGCGAUAUCUUUUUGGAUUGGGAAUCCUAUCAGUUCAGAGCGGAAGAAAUUGAUGCCGUGUUUCAUGGUGCAGUUUGGCCUCAGGUCUGCAGGCUUGGAUCUGAGAGUCAGUAUUCGCCUACUCCUCUGCUGAAGCUAAUUAGUAUCUGGAGCAGAAAUGCAAGAUACUUCCCUCUUCUGGCUAAACAGAGACCCGGACACCCAGAAUGCGAUGUCCUGACCAACGUCUUUGCCGUUCUCUCAGCGAAGAAUCUGUCGGAUGCCACAGCGAGCAUCGUAAUGGACAUAGUCGAUGACCUUCUCAACCUUCCAGAUUUCGAGCCCACAGAAACAGUACCGAGCUUGCCGGUGACUGGCUGUGUGUAUGCGGAGGUGGCUGACGACACAGAGCCUCUCACUGUGGGAGGGAGAUUGAUUCUGCCCCAUGUGCCUGCAAUUCUUCAGUACCUCAGCAAAACCACAAUCAGUGCAGAGAAGGUGAAGAAGAAAAAGAACAGGGCACAAGUCAGUAAGGAGCUCGGCAUUCUUUCCAAGAUCAGCAAGUUCAUGAAGGACAGAGAGCAGAGCUCUCUCCUCAUCACUCUUCUCCUUCCCUUCCUCCUCCACGGCAAUGUCGCACAGGACACAGAGCUUGAUAUCCUGGUGACAGUGCAGAACUUGUUACAGCAUUGUCUGAACCCCACCAGCUUCCUCAAACCUCUGGCCAAACUCUUCUCAGUUAUUCAGAACAAGUUGUCAAGACAGUUGCUGUGCACUGUUUUCCAGAGUCUGUCUGAUUUUGAAAGUGGACUAAAAUAUGUUACAGACAUUGUAAAGCUUAAUGCCUUUGAUAAAAGGCAUCUCGAUGACAUCAACUUUGACGUGCGAUUCUCAGCGUUCCAGACCAUCACCUCUACCGUAAAGGAAAUGCAGACGGUGGAUGCCGACUACCUAGUCCCUGUGAUGCAUAACUGUUUCUAUAACAUGGAGGUAGGAGACAUGUCUCUCAGUGACAAUGCCAGCAUGUGCCUGACAAGCAUCAUCCAGAGGCUGGCUGCUUUGAACAUCACAGAGAAAGAGUAUAAGGAGAUCAUUCACCGGACCCUCCUGGAGAGACUGAGGAAAGGGUUGAAGAGCCAGACAGAGAGUGUUCGGCAUGAUUAUACUGUGAUCCUCUCCUGUUUGAUUCAAACUUUCCCCAAUCAACUGGAAUUCAAGGACCUGGUGCAGCUCACUCAUCGCCACGACCCGGAAAUGGACUUCUUCGAGAACAUGAAGCACAUUCAGGUCCACAGACGAGCAAGAGCCUUGAAGAAACUGGCCAAACAGCUGCUGGACGGGCAGGUUGUGCUGUCGUCCAAGUCGCUUCAGAAUUACAUCAUGCCUUAUGCCAUGACGCCAAUAUUUGAUGAGAAAAUGCUCAAGCACGAGAACAUAACCAUUGCCGCCACGGAAGUCAUCGGCGCUGUCUGCAGACACCUGUCGUGGCCGGCGUACGUGUAUUACCUGAAACACUUCAUUCACGUCCUGCAGUCAGGCCAGGUCAACCAGAAGCUGGGCGUCAGCUUGCUGGUGAUAGUGUUGGAAGCCUUCCAUUUUGACUACAAAUCUUUUGAAGAGCAAAUGGGAAAUGUUACCAGUGAAGAAAACACAGUUGAGAUGGCUGAGGUACUGGAACAUGAAGACACGGAAUUGGAGCCUAUGGAUGAGGAAGAGAAGGAACAAGCCUGUAAGAGUUCGUCGUCGGAUGGCAAGGAGCCGCUGGAAGCCCCCGAGGCAGCUGAUUCUGGUGGAACAACAGCUACGGAACAAGAAUGCAUCCCAAAGUCUCUUUCUUUCCUUCCUCGGAAUAAGGAAGAGUUGGAAAGAACAAUUAAAACCAUCCAAGGAGCCAUAACUGGGGAUAUCCUCCCCAGGCUGCACAAGUGCCUGGCAUCUGCGACCAAAAGAGAGGAAGAGCACAAGCUGGUCAAGUCGAAGGUCGUGAAUGAGGAGGAAGUGGUCCGGGUCCCCCUGGCCUUUGCCAUGGUUAAGCUGAUGCGGUCCCUCCCCCAGGAGGUCAUGGAGGCAAAUCUGCCCAGUGUUUUGCUGAAAGUGUGCGUCCUGCUCAAGAACAGAGCCCAGGAAGUCAGGGACAUUGCACGCAGUACUCUCACCAAAAUAAUCGAAGAUCUGGGCGUGCACUUCCUGCAGUAUGUUCUCAAAGAGUUACAGACGACCCUUGUCCGUGGGUACCAGGUCCACGUGCUCACUUUCACUGUUUACACAUUGCUGCAAGGCCUCACCAGCAAGCUGCAAGUUGGGGACUUAGACCCCUGUCUACCAAUAAUGACUGAGAUUUUUAACCACGAAUUGUUCGGUGCCCUGGCGGAAGAGAAGGAGGUAAAGCAGAUUCUGUCCAAAGUCAUGGAGGCGCGUAGGAGCAAGAGUUACGAUUCUUACGAAAUCCUGGGCACGUUUGUCGGAAAAGAUCAGCUCACAAAGCUUAUUCUCCCAUUAAAAGAGAUCCUGCAAAACACCACAAGUUUAAAACUUGCCCGGAAAGUUCACGAAACCUUACGCCGGAUUAUAGCAGGAUUAAUUGUGAAUCCAGACAUGACAGCAGAGUCUCUUCUCCUGCUCAGCUACGGUCUGGUCAGUGAAAACCUGCCGCUGCUAACAGAAAAGGAAAAGAAGCCAGCAGCCCCUGCGCCUGACACACGGCUGCCACCCCAGAGCUGCCUCCUGCUCCCCCCAGUUCCAGUCCGAGGUGGGCCAAAGGCUGCUGUAAGCAAGAGAACCAACAUGCACAUAUUCAUCGAGUCUGGUCUUCGGCUGCUGCAUCUGAGUCUGAAGACUUCCAAGGUCAAGUCUAGUAGUGAGCAUGUGCUGGAAAUGUUGGACCCUUUUGUGGAAGUCCUCAUUAACUGCCUGGACGCCAAGGAUGUGAAGGUGAUCACGGGCGCUUUGCAGUGCCUCAUCUGGGUCUUGCGGUUCCCUCUGCCUUCCAUAGAAACAAAAGCAGAACAGCUGACCAAGCACCUUUUCCUCUUGCUGAAGAACUAUGCAAGACUGGGGGCUGCCCGGGGCCAGAACUUCCACUUGGUAGUGAAUUGUUUCAAGUGUGUGACCAUCGUGGUCAAGAAAGUCAAGUCCUGCCAGAUAAGUGAGAAACAGCUUCAGGUUCUCCUGGCGUAUGCUGAGGAAGACAUUUAUGACACCACAAGACAGGCCACUGCCUUUGGUCUUCUCAAGGCUAUUUUAUCAAGAAAAUUACUGGUCCCAGAAAUUGAUGACAUCAUGCGGAAAGUAUCCAGCUUGGCAAUUUCUGCGCAGAAUGAGCCUGCCAGGGUCCAGUGUAGACAGGUUUUUCUGAAAUACAUUCUUGACUAUCCCCUCGGUGAUAAAUUGAGACCAAACUUGGAAUUCCUGCUUGCUCAACUGAAUUAUGAACAUGAAACUGGAAGAGAAUCUGCCUUGGAAAUGAUUGCCUAUCUCUUUGACACCUUCCCUCAGGGCCUGCUCCAUGACAACUGCGGGAUGUUCUUCAUCCCUCUUUGCCUGAUGAUGGUGAACGAUGGCUCUGCCAUGUGCAAGAGGAUGGCUUCCAUGGCCAUCAAAUCCCUGCUCGGCAAGGUCAGCCUCGAGAAGAGGGACUGGCUCUUCGGUCUGGUCACCUCCUGGUUUGAAGCGAAAAAGCGGUUAAACCGACAGCUAGCUGCCCUGGCCUGUGGCUUAUUCGUGGAGAGUGAAGGAGUUGAUUUCGAGAGAAGGCUUGGAACUCUUCUUCCUGUGAUUGAAAAGGAGGUUGAUCCUGAGAACUUCAAAGACAUCAUAGAGGAGACGGAGGAAAAAGCUGCAGAUCGCCUGCUGUUUGGUUUUCUCACGCUGAUAAGCAAACUCGUCAAGGAAUGUAACAUUAUUCACUUCACCAAGCCCUCCGAGACAUUGAAUAAAAUCUGGAGUCACAUACACGCGCACCUCAGACAUCCGCACAACUGGGUGUGGCUCACGGCUGCCCAGAUUUUUGGGUUGCUCUUUGCAUCUUGUCAACCGGAAGAGCUCGUUCAAAAAUGGAAGAGCAAAAAGGCCAAAAAGAAGCCCACGGAGCCUGUAGCAGUCAGGUUCCUAACAAGUGACCUUGACCAAAAGAUGAAGAGUAUCUCUCUGGCUUCCUGCCAUCAGCUGCAUUCCAAAUUCUUAGACGAGACCCUAGGAGAACAGGUUGUUAAGAACUUACUGUUCAUAGCAAAAGUCUUGUAUUUACUGGAACCUGAUUCUGGGAACAAGCAAAGAGAGUUGAAAGACUUGGAAGAACAGGACACGCUAGGAGAUGCUCUGGCCACAGAGGUGGCAGAAGACGAGGCUGGUGCAGACGGAAGGACGGAGUUGGACGGGGAAGAGAAGGAAGAGCCCAGCAAGCCGGCCACGCUGCUGUGGCUGAUCCAGAAGCUGGCCCGGACAGCUAAGCUGGAAGCUGCUUAUACUCCCAGAAACCCCUUAAAGAGAACCUGCAUCUUUAAGUUUCUUGGUGCAGUAGCUGUGGACCUUGGAGUAGACCGGGUCCAGCCCUACCUUCCAGAGGUCAUCGCACCUCUGUUUCGGGAACUCAACAGCACCUACUCGGAGCAAGAUCCUCUGCUGAAGAAUCUAUCCCAGGAAAUCAUAGAAUUACUCAGAAAGCUGGUUGGGCUCGAGAGCUUCUCGCUGGCCUUUGCCUCUGUCCAGAAGCAGGCUAGUGAGAAGAGGGCACUCCGGAAGAAGAGGAAGGCCGUGGAAUUUGUAACCAAUCCUGAUAUUGCUGCCAAGAAAAAGUUGAAGAAACAUAAAAAUAAAAGUGAAGCAAAGAAAAGAAAGAUCGAGUUCCUGCGCCCAGGCUAUAAGGCCAAGAGACAGAAAUCCCACAGCCUGAGAGAUUUGGCGAUCAUGGAGUGAGAUCUCCCUGUGCGCAGAGCAGUAACUCACACGGUCUCUGGGGUGGAAACCUGAACUUCCAGCCUUCCUCUACUGGACUGAAUUAGACUUCGGAAGGUAGGCAUGGCUGUAAUCUCUGCUCCUGGACGGCUAAGGCAGGAUUGCUUCAAGUUUGAGGCCCACCUGAACUACACAGUGAGUUUCAGGCCAGUGGACUAAUGAAAACAGGACUCAACCAAAAGAAAACAAGUUAAAGCUUGGCAUAGAUUUGUAAUUAUAUUUUAAUGCAAUCAUGUUUGUAUUUUUUUAAUUAAAAUGCUUAAUAUGAUA